AUGAACUCAAUUCAACAACUUCAAACUUUUCAAAGAAAUUGGAUGAACCAAUUACCAACUUGUCAAUCAACUACUUCAAUGGCUAUUAAUUAUUUAGAUGAUUCUAAAUUAUUAACGGAAAAGGAAUUUAAUAUUACCAAUUCUUCUAUUCAACUGUUAUUAAUUAAAAUCAAUAAAGGACAAUUAACUUCAUUUGAAGUUUUAAUAUCAUUCAUUAAAAAAUCAUUAUUAUGUCAAUCUAUAAAUAAAACUACUGGAAAUGAUUUCGAUUAUAGAACUAUUGGGGAUGCGAUUUUAAGAGCUCAAUAUCUUGAUUUCUAUUAUCAAAAUUAUGGUAAGACUUUAAGUAAAUUCCAUGGCUUACCCAUUGGAACCAAUCAAUUAUUAAAAUAUAAAUCAAUCUUAGGUUUAAAUGAAAAUAAUAAUGAAGGAAUUGAUGCUGGUAUAAUUGAAAUUGAUGGUUUGGAUAUUCAAUUGAAUUUAAGACAAAAUCAAUUACCAACUGGUUAUAAUUCAAUCAAUUCAAAUACUUGUUAUUCAAGAAGUUUCCAAGCUAGAGCUCCUUCUCAAGUUAAGAUAUAA